CACUACUAUAUAACAAAUAAUUUGAGCUCUCACAUUUGUCAUGGCGGCACCGGAUCACAUGCUGAAAGAAGCUGAAAAGAUUAUGAAAUUGCUAGAUGAUAUGCACGAGAGCAAUCCUGAUGAGUAUCAGCAAUUUAUUAAGAAAACCUUGGAGGAAGGAAAAUCAGAAAUGAAAGUAGCAGAAUUUAGAUUUUCUAUUCAUGGCAUGAGUAAGAAGGACUCGAAGAAGGUGUUUAUCAAUGUUUGUGGAUUUCCUCCUGUACCUGCGCCGAAAAGCGAUGAUGAUCCAAUUUCUGUUCAUGGCGGUGAAUGUUAUGAAGAAGUUGUUAACGGAAAAGAAAGCAUCAUCGAAUAUUUGGGCAUCAAUCCUAAAGUAUUAGAUGAAGUUGGUUCUGAUAAAUCACUGCAAAAAAUGCUUAUAAAACUAGCGAUUGAUUUUUACAAUGACACAAAGAAAUAUAAUAUGUCUUACAAUUGUGGGUUUUCACAAAAACUGGUGGGAAAUCCUUUAAAAGUGAAUUCUGCCUUUACAAGAUCACCGACUGACCGAAAUCAUACCAAGGCAUCAAGCAAAUCUGAACCCACUGAGGUUAAACUACCAUUUGAUGAUAUUAAAGAUGAAGAUGAUAUGAACUUUGACAAGGACUUCAAGAUAACAAGUGACACAAAGCAAAAUAAGACAAAUCUUAUCAGUGAGCUGAAUUCUUCAAACCUCAAAGAAAUCAAAUUUUCAACCGAAAUCCUCUCAGAGCCUAGGCAUUGCAUCAAGCUGAAAGCUCAUAUUGAUUUUAUUGAUUCUCUUAAUGACAUUGAUCUAGAAAUAGUUGAUGAUGAUAUUGUUCUGACAACUGAUUCUUUCUCAGUAACUCGUUGCAAAAUUCCACAGUUUGAAAGGAUUAUUGAGGAGAGCAUCAGAGCUAAGUUCAGCAAAACAAAACGACUCACUAUAACAAUUGACCUGAAAGAGUCUUGAUGCUGUGUUCAAUUUAUUGAGAUACUGAAUUUAUUAACUAUUUUCUAUGCAUUUAUCAUGUUUCAGUCAACCAAUUAGUAUU